GCUCUAAAAUUGCACAUGUUACGAGCAAAUUAAUUAUCUACGUUCGGUGGCUUCGCGGGUGGUUUUGCGAUUCGGUUAAUAGCAGCUCAUUGCUCACGUUUGGAGUGGCGAUAUUGCUUGCAAUGAAUAUGUACUCAAGGAAUUGCAGCGAACGAAGCUCCAGCUAGUUGUGUUUGGGCAUGGCCUCGUUCAGUAACCAACUCACGGUGGACUCAAAAUGGGAAUUGCAGGUAUCCCUGAUGGACGACUGACAUCGGAGGUUUCCAUGGUGGUGACGACAAAGCAUUCAGAGAGCUGUUCGUAAGAUGGUUCCAGUGGGGGGCCUUCUGCCCCGUCAUGCGUCUCCAUGGUGACCGCGAACCGCACAAGCCGCAGCGCGGCACUACGAGUACUGUAGGAGCCACCUGCACGUCAGGCGCCGACAACGAAGUGUGGUCUUACGGACCUGAGGUCGAGAUGAUAUGUAAGAAGUACAUGCUUCUGCGCGAGGAAAUGCGAGAGUAUACCAUAGAGCUGAUGCGCGAGGCGCACGAGAAGGGGACGCCUGUGAUACGGACCUGCUUUUAUGAGUAUCCGGAGGAUCCGAAAUGCUGGGAAGUUGACGAUCAAUAUAUGUAUCUAUGUGCGCCAGUUCUGCAGGCUGACUGCAUCACCCGGACAGUUUACUUUUCCAAACGCAAAAAGUGGAAGUUGCUGGAUGGAAUAGAUAUGAAGGCGGCCAGACACGGAACGUAGACUGUCCACUUUAUACAAUGCCUGUGUUUGUCAGACAGGAUGAGUGAAACCACA